AUGAGUUCAUCGGGUUGUGAAAGCGAACCUAGUCUUGACAGCAAGAGUUCCUCUUCGUCAAAUGAGAGUAUACACUUAGAAUCCGGAGACGAGGAAGUAGGAGUUGUGAAUUCGGUUAUAAAUCCGUACGGGAAUGAGCCAUCAGCGAACCCAGCUGAUGACGGGAAUUCAAGCAAUGAUGGCGAAGAGGACGAAGACGGCAUUAAUCCUAGGACACUAGAAGCGAGACUCGAGGGGGAAAUUACAUUAGAUCAUUGGUAAGUUUAUCAGAAGAACAAUAAAAUAAUGUUCUUUAAUAAUAUCGACAUUUGUCGACAAUAUUGUGCUGACUAAUAGGUGCACAUGAAGCUUGUGUCAAAAGGAGCUACUUGUCGACGCUAUCGAGUAUCGAUGUUAUAGGGAGGUCGGACCUACUCUACAUCAACUGGUGUUCGAUGCUAGCAUCGAAAGAAUAAGCUGCGUGACUCUGCAUGAAGAUUAUAUUGCUAUGACUCACCCAACAGUCCCACUUUUAAAAGACAGCAGGUCGUACAAGCGCCGCACUGGACAACACGAAAACGAGAAAGUGCUUAGAACUAAGUCUAGUCAUCAUAUUUAUAUAAUUUAUUAA